AUGGUGACACUGACUAUAGGAGAGUGCGACCAGAGCGGGCUGAGACACCAUUUGAAGGCCAAGGCUGGCAUUAAGGUGGUUGUCACUAAAUUUCCCCUUGGCUCUGUUGAUGACUUUGGCUAAGCCAUUCAGUUGUAAAACAUGUGGUGUUCCCCUGCAAGGGCUUUCUGGAGUUUGGUUCGCACAAAGAGGCAGUCAAUAUGGUGGAUCACUUCGGUGAAAGCAAAGGUUUUGUGAAUGGAAAUAGUUUGACUCUGUACCUGUCACCUGUAGUGUGCAGUAUUUAUACGCCAAAGUUGGAUGAACCACCAGAAAAAUGGCCCAUCAAACAAGUUACCAAUACAGUGGUUUGUUUUUCCCACGUACCUCCUGGGAAGGAAAGAGAAUCUGAAAUUCUCAUUCUCGCCAUCUUGGGGAUGUGUGACUUUUAA